CUUCGGGAUCGCUGGGAUCAGUCUUUGGGUCGCGCGCCGGGCGUUCAGAUCGCCUCCUCGAAGAACUGCCCGUAAAAAUUCAAUUUAAAGUGUUAUCCAGUGUCUGUGUUUCUUGUGAGCCGAAAUCGGAGCUCUUCAAUUGCCGUGGACGUCAGUCGCAGAGCGAAACUAGUCGUGAUCGGACGGAAUACGGAACUUAACUCUUCAGCAUGCUGCCCACCGCUAUACGCCGUAAUCUAAUCGCCGGGCUCGCUUUUGGCCUGUGCGUCUGCCUCUGUUUCGGACCCAGUCCGGCGGAAUCACGCACUCGACCAAAAAAUUUGGUUGAUAGGAAGCUGGUGACGAUAUACGGCAGUACGCCCCAUGUGGAGGCACUCCUCGGACCCGGCCGUCCCACUCCGGACACAUACAAGACGUUGCGGAACGCCUUCUUCCGGUACGAAGAGUCCAGAUCAUUGGGCUAUGACUUGGAGCUCACCGAGCGGGAACAAAAGGCCAACGAGACGAUCAUGCAGGCCAAGUUGCAGGAGUACGAGGAGGGCUUGAUCGCGCCGCAUCUCUUCAAGCCAGCCCAGCACAUCUUCGACGUUCUGGACGGCAUCCGGGACACCCGACUCUUUCAGCUGCUGAAGAAGAUGCCCAAGGGUGCGGUGCUCCAUGCCCACGACACGGCUCUGUGCAGCACAGCGGCCAUCAUCAAGUUGACCAAGUACGACAAUCUCUGGGGCUGCCAGCAAACCGGCGACCUUGAGGUGACCAGUCUGCGGUUCUCCAAGGAAAAGCCCGCCGCCCUGGGCAAUUGCGAUUGGACCCUGAUGUCGGAGAUUCGGGAGAAGUACGGCUCGGAUAGGGUGGAUGAGUAUCUGGCCGAAAAACUUACCUUAUAUCCGACCAAGAAGUUCGAGGACAACAACGCCGCCUGGUCAACUUUCAUGGAAAUCUUUAGCCUGCUCGAUGGCCUGGUUCUGUACGCUCCUGUCUGGAGGGAUUACUAUUACAGUGCCCUGCAGGAGUUCUACGAGGAUGGAGUGCAGUACCUAGAGUUCCGUUCACUUCUACCCACGUUGUACGACCUUGAGGGUACUACGUAUACUCCUCUGGACACGGUUCGCAUUUAUGUGGAGACUCUGGAGAAGUUCAAGGAAGAGCAUCCUGACUUUAUAGGCUCCCGUGUGAUUUAUGCUCCCCUUCGUAAUACCAAUUCUGAGGGAGUUUUGGGUUACAUUGAAACUCUGAAGCAGAUCAAGGCCGAAUACCCGAACUUUGUAGCCGGAUUCGAUUUGGUGGGUCAGGAGGAACUUGGAGUGCCUUUGAAGGACUUUGUUGACGAGCUGUUGGUCAUUCCCGAGGACAUUGACUUCUACUUCCAUGCCGGGGAAACCAACUGGUUCGGCUCUUCUGUGGACGAGAAUCUGAUCGAUGCCAUCCUGCUGGGAACAAAGCGGAUUGGUCACGGCUUCGGACUGGUCAAGCAUCCCGUGGUGCUGGACAUGCUCAAGAGACUGAAUGUGGCCAUUGAGGUGAACCCGAUCUCCAACCAGGUGCUGCAGCUGAUCACGGACUUCCGGAAUCAUCCCUGUUCCCACUUCUUCGCUGAUGGCUAUCCUGUGGUGAUCUCCUCAGACGAUCCAUCCUUCUGGAAGGCCACUCCCUUGACUCAUGACUUCUACAUCGCCUACUUGGGCAUCGCCUCCCAGCACUCUGAUCUGAGGCUGCUCAAGAAACUGGCUCUCAACUCGAUCCAGUACAGCUCGCUGUCCGGAGAUGCCCAGUUCGAGGCCCUGGAGAAGUGGCAGACCAAGUGGGAUCAAUUCAUCGCCGAUGUGAACGAGGAGGCCUCCAACCAGGGCAGUUCGUCCCUUCAGCUGCAGAAGAUCGAUUGACUAGCACGGGUGGUGGCAGCGUUUUCGGUCUUAACUCUUCUCCUUUGGCGCUAGUCUGUCCUCGUCCUUGUCCUUACAAUCAACCGCCUGCUGCCACCCACCAUCCCCCAUCCUCCGGCUGCAGCGGAUCCUCCCACAUCAGAGUCAAAGUCAUUUCCAUAUCCAUAGCCAAAUAGCACAUCCAAUAUCUAUCCGCAUAAACUUCUGUUGUAAGCCUAUUGUUAUGGACUAGUCUGGUAGUUAGACCUAAGCUCGAGCCUACUUUUCUGUGCACCCAAGUGAUUCUAUUCCGGGUCUAAACCUAAGCCCUUCUCCCGAUUGUGCCCAAGAAAACGAAAGCAAUAAAGAACCCGUUUAGUCGUAGCCGAAAA